AUGACGUCCCCGGCAGACCCGCAUACCCGCUGCUACUGGCACAUUAACGGCAGCACCGACACGCUUCUCGACCGGCUGGCCGUCGCCGAGCUCUGCAAGGGCUGGCCCGUCUACCGGGACGCCUCCGAGUGGAAGAACUACCGAUCUCUCUUCGCCGACGAUGCCAUCGUGUGGACCACCUGGAGCGGCCCCCGCCACAUCGACGACUUCAUCGAGAUCUCCAAGGCCGGCAAGGCGCAGGGCGUGUUCAUCAUGCACCGCGAAUGCGGCACCCUGGUCGAGCUGAACCCCGCGCGCAGCCGCGCCAUCGGCAAGAUGAAGGCCACCAUCACGCACCGCUUCAAGUUCGACUCGGCCACCUGCACCGCCAGCAACGGCAGCGACGGCGGCGGCGUCACCACUCCUCUCCUCGCCCAGCCGGCUGAGUUCGACGUCGACUGCGACUGCCGCUUCAUCUUCUUCUGCGAGAAGGACGCGGCCACGGGCGAGUGGAAGGCCAAGUACGUCAAGCUGUUCUACGAGAAGGACAAGGUCGUGCCGGUCGACGGCCACACGGCCCCGCGCUUCUCCGCCGAGGAGCUCGCCCGCAUCCCCGAGGGCUACAAGUACCUCGGCGCCGCCCAGGCCCGCCUCGGCUACCAGAUCGACCUCGACCUGCCCACCGCCGGCGGCGAGCUGUGGGCCCGCAUGUACGGCGAGAUGGAGAAGUGGCUGGACGGGAAGCGCGUCGAUCUCGACUGGGAGAGGGCGGAAAAGAACGGACAGCGGCAGUGA